UAUAUUCUGUGUUUAUGGCACAGAAGGAGACACAGAGAGAAAAACUGGAGGCAGAACGACAGAGAGGGGAAAACCAGAGGGACAACAUGGGAAUGACAGAGAGGAAAGAGAGGAACAGAGGGGUCAGACAGAGAGCAGGAUUUCAUCAGUCAGCAGCAAAGUUCCACUGAAUACAGAUCUGAAAAUACAAGACAAAACACGAGGACAAAACCACGAGAAACAACCAGACGAAACAUCUCAGCAGAGCCGAGAAGACAUCAGAGAGCAGCCAGAGAAACUGAGAGGAGCAGAGAGGAAAGAAGGAGCUCAGGGAAAGGAGCUGGAGGUUAAUGAAGGGCUCAAAUCUGAGGAAACAAACAGGAAGGACAAGAAGAGAGAAAAACUACAACUCCCACAUGAAGGAGAGCUGCAGGCAGAGCGACAAGUGAACGUAAAUGAAAAAGAGCAGCUGGAGGAAUCUGUCAGUCUCACAGAGAGAGGAGUCGACUGUGUGGAAGGAAAACAGGAGGAGGAGCCGAUGGAGACUGAUCAACCAUGUGAUGUUGAUCGACACAACAUCCAGAGUAGAGAAAACACACAAGAAAUUAAACCACAGGAGGUCUGCACAUUACCAGUUAAGAAAGAGGAAAUUCAAGAAGGGCAUCAUCAAAAUUUGAAAAAGGUACAAAAGUAUGAGAACAAACAGAAUGAUGAGUUUAUGGAGGUUGAUGAUUUUGCUCACAAUCAAAAUGCAGCAACAGCACAACUGAAUAAAAACAUUGAAUGGGCCAACCAUCAGCAGAGGCUGCCAGUUCAAACAGAACCACAAGAAUUUCUGAAAGAAAAUGAUGAAGAUCUCGAGGAUCAGAUGGAGGUUGAAGAACAUUCCCACCCUAAAGAACCCAAAGAGGAGCCCAUGUUAUUAGGAGAAGAAAAGUCCUCUAAUUUCCCCUUACCUUUGUACACUGAUCAGGAACCAUGGAGACAAAAAGAGACACAAGGGCAGCUUGUAGAAAAAACACAGGGAGUGGAGAGUGGGGAGCUGGGCGUUAACCAAUGGGUCCAAGCUGAUGAAGCAAACAGGAAGGACAAGGAGAGAGAAAAACUACAACUCCCACAUGAAGGAGAGCUGCAGGCAGAGCAACAAGUGAAUGUAAAUCAAAGAGAGCUGCUGGAGGAAUCUGUCAGUCUCACAGAGAGAGGAGUCCACUGUCUGGAAGAAAAACAGGACGAGGAGACUAAUCCAACAUGUGAUGCUGAUCAAAAGAAUGACAGGAGUAGAAAUCGUUCAAAUGAACAGAAACUUCAGGAGGUCUGCACUGUGCCCUCCAAGAAAGUGAAAGUUCAUAAGAAAGAAGAGCAAGCAAGCAUCAGAAUUUCAAAAGCUGUGAAAAAAAUGAAAAUGAUAAUCAAAUGAAGGUUGAUGAUGCAGCUUACAGCAAAACUGUAUAAACCAUUAAAUGUCCCAAAGAUCAGCAGAAACCGCCACUGCAAACAGAACAACAAAAAUGUCUAAAUGAAAAUGAUGAAGAUCUGGAGCUGCAGAUGGAGGUGGAUUAACAUUCAGGACUUCAGUUUUCAGUAUUUACAGAAGAACAAAAAGAUAAGCUCAUGUUGAAUAAAUUUUAAAAACACUGUUGCAAAAGGAACGUCAAUUUGAAACUUGCAUCAAAAUGCAUUAAAAACAUAUUUGACAGUAA